UAGCCACCGUGACCUCCUGCUCAGAGCAGACAGGGCUGAAGAGUCUGAAGAGACUGAUCAAGGAGCCCAGAAGAAGAAAAACAAAGGAAACAGAGGGAGUAUAUUAAGAAGAAAGAGGAGAAGAAGAAGAAGAGGAAUAUGAAGAUGCUGCUGUUGUGGGCUCUACUCCUCCUGGAGCCGUGCGGGGCCCAAAGCAAGACCUGGGAGUACUCCAUCGCUGCUGUGGAGGAGACCUGGAGCUACCUGCACUCAGACGCAGCCUCAGCACAAAGACCUGAUGUCCCGAAAUAUACCAAGGCCGUUUACAGAGAGUUUACAGACUCCACCUUUAAAACACAGAAAUCAAAACCUCCAUGGUCAGGUAUCCAAGGUCCCACAAUCCGUGCCCAGGUGAAUGAUAAAGUUGUGAUCCAUUUCAAAAACUUUGCGUCACAAAACUUCAGUAUUUCCCCAAUCGGUAUUCCAUACUGGAAGCAAUCCGAAGGUGCGGGCUAUGAUGACUCCUCGGCCAGUCAGGAGCAGGGCGACGACGCCGUGCCCCCAGGCGCCUACUACAAGUACGUGUGGGACAUCAACAUCAUGAGCGGCCCCACCGCCACCGACCCCAACUGCCUCACCUACUCCUACUCCUCCCGCGUGGACAUCGUCCGGGACUACAACUCGGGACUCAUCGGCCCCCUACUCAUCUGCAAAGCAGGCGUUCUGACAGAUAAAGGAGAACAACAUGUUCCUGAGUUCAUCUUGCUGUUUGCCAUCUUUGAUGAGAACAAAAGCUGGUAUAGAAACCUGGAGAGGUCCAUUGACAAAUUCCGAAGGCCUGAUAUCACCAGAGAAUACCACACCAUCAAUGGAUAUUACAACUCAACUUUACCUGGUCUGAAUCUGUGUCAGGGUUAUAGCGAUGUAUACUGGCACCUGAUUGGUCUGGGGACCUCGCCGGAGAUCCACUCCAUCCAGUUCCAGGAGCACUCCCUGCAGGUGAUGAACCACAGGAAGGUUGCCCUGGAGAUGGCCCCCAUGACCUUCACCACGGCCCUCAUGAAGCCACCGGAGGAGGGGACCUUUCAGAUCUCAUGCCGCAUCCACUCCCAUAGACAAGCGGGCAUGAGUGCCAACUUCACCAUAAAGAACUGUGCAGCGCCUAUCACGCCAGAACAGCGAAACGUCAAGGGUGAGGAGGUGAAGGUUGAUGAUGACUUUGAUUCCUUCCUGGGGAACAUCGUGUUCCAGGGAGGGGACAUGGCGUCCGUCCUGAGGUCUGCCAACAGGGGCAGGGGGUCCACACACUGGGUCCACUACAUCGCUGCAGAGGAGGUCACCUGGGACUACGCCCCGAGCCUGGAGCAGGGGGACAGUCUCCUUGAUUCUGAGAGCUUGAGAAGGGGUGAGCAGCGCUUGGGGAAGGAAUACAAGAAGGUCAUGUUUGUGGAGUACAAGGACAAGAGUUUCACCCAGAAGAAGAGCACCGAUGACCACGGCAACAGGAGACUGAUGGGACCGGUACUCACCGCAGAAGUUGGAGACAAAUUUCAAAUUGUUUUCAGGAAUCUGGCUAGCCGGCCAUACAAUAUCUAUCCAAGUGGCUUGACGAACAUUCGACCACUACAUGGCCAAGCAUCUCACAAGGACAUGAGCACUCUUGCAAUAAAUCCUGGUGAGACGUAUACCUACCUCUGGAAGGUGACGGAAGAGGACGGACCCACGACUGACGACCCGAGAUGUCUCACACGCCUGUACCAGAGCACACUGGACUCCGAGAGAGACCUGGCCUCUGGACUGGUGGGGCCUGUCAUCAUCUGCAAGAAAGGAUCGCUGGACAGGUCAGGAAGAGUGGUAACUUCAGACAAAGAGAAACAUUUAAUGUUUGCUGUGUUUGAUGAAAACAAAAGCUGGUACCUGGAUGAAAACAUUAAAAAGUACAGUGAAGACCCAUCGUCCAUCAACGUGUUUGAUUCAGGGUUUUAUGACUCCAACGUUAUGCACACUGUCAACGGCCUGAUGCACAGCAACCUCCACUUCAGGACGUGCCUGACCGAGGUGACCUUCUGGCAUCUGGCCAACGUGGGGACACAGGGCAACUUCCUGUCCGUUUACUUCACAGGAAACCCCUUUGAGAGAGAGAAGGUUUAUGAUACCGUCCUCACACUCUUCCCCAUGAGCGGAGAAACCGUUGCAGCAGAGAUGGAGACACUUGGUGAGUGGGAGAUCAGCGCAUUUGACCCCAACCUGAAAAACAAAGGGAUGAGCGCCAAAUAUUCUGUGUACUCCUGCGCCAAGAACAUGCACAGUCUGGUGGACGAGGAGAUUGACUACGACCUUGAGGACUACUUUGACGCCCCCAUGAUGGCGAGAGGGGCCCGUGGAAGCCAAGGGAACAAGACCAUGACCAUUCAGAUCUGCAAGAAGCUGCCAGCAAAUGACACAGAGCAGGACAACGCCGUGGAAGGAAAGCCACGCAAGAGGAAAGUGGUGUGCGAGCUGAAGUAUGUCAACGUGGGCGACGAGGAGGACAAUGACAUCCUCUCUAAUGGGGGGAUACCUGAAGAUAUUCUGGACGAGCUGGACAGAGAGCUGAAUGAAGACCAAGCGAAGAGACAGAAAAGAGCAGUAAUAGUGGAAAGUAACGAUGGGGAAACAUCUACUGGCUAUGGAGAAACAUCUGGAUACAAAAUCCUUGAUGUCAAUGGUGAAGUUUUUGAUGAUUUUCCAGACUAUGUUGUCGAUGUGGUGAGUUUGGACAAAGCUCCAAAACCGGUGGAAGAGAAGGUCACCAAGGUAGAUGUUGAAAAAGUUUCUUUGGAGAAGAACAAAACUUUGAAUGACUUCUUCGGAAGAAUCCUCCAGAGAUUGUCCCAAGAUGAUUCAAAGGACUCCUCUCAGACAGUGAAUGAGACGGGGGCAGACGCUGACAAUAGCAUGGAGGAUGACUUUGAGAGACAGAACAUGAGCAAACUAGAAAGACGGCAAGCACUUGACCUUUUGAAGCAUACAGCCGAAAAUAGAUUAAAUGAUCUGCACAGUCAGAAUGACAUACUCACAGGGCCAGCCAUGUUUGAAGAUAAUGCUUUGAAUUUCACCAAGUCUGUCAACUCCAGCAUCCUGGAAGAUCUGUCCAACUCCACAGACAAUGCAACUGACUCAAAACCGGCGUUUUCAUUUGAAUAUGAUGACUACAGCAAUGACAAUGUCUCCAUGAAUGAUAUUCCUUACGAGGGGGAUCUGGAUGCAAGAGGCAGUAAAGUAAACUUCCGCACAUAUUACAUCGCAGCAGAGGAGAUCAUGUGGGACUACGGAGUCACAAAACCACAUCAGCUGAUUAAACCAAGAGAAAUGCGUAGAGGAUACAGGAAGUACUUCCCAGCGUAUAAGAAAGCGGUGUACCGGGCCUAUCAGGGCCGAGACUUCAAGGAGCCUGUCAAACCAGGGGAGUUCGACGAACAUCUUGGAUUAAUGGGCCCAGUGCUGAAAGCAGAAAUCAAUGAUGUGCUAACAGUGGUCUUUCGAAAUAAGGCCUCCAGACCUUACUCCCUGCACCUCCACGGCAUAUACGACAAAACACAGGGACAGAUGGCCCCCAGCGGUCUCCCUGGGCAGAACUUCAGGCCCGAGGAGGCUCCUGGGGAGCCCGUGCCGCCCGGAGAGGAGAGGGUCUACAACUGGAGGGUCUCCAAGCGCCAGGGGCCGUCCUCUAAUGACUUCGACUGCAAGGCCGGAGCCUAUUAUUCCACCGUUGACAUGGAGAAGGACCUGAACUCUGGGCUGAUUGGCCCCAUGCUAAUCUGCAAGCCAGGAACCCUGAGGCACGACACGCUCAUGCAGCUAGAUGUGCAGGACCUCUUCCUCCUCUUCACCGUCUUCGACGAGAAGAAGAGCUGGUACAUGGAGGACAACAUCCGGCAGUUCUGCGCUCCACCUUGCAGAGCCAACAAGGAGGAGCCCUGGUUCCAGAUGAGCAACAAGUUUUCAGCCAUCAAUGGUUACGUGGCUGAGACUCUGCCUGGCUUGGCCAUUGAGCAGUAUAAGCGGGCCCGCUGGCACCUGCUGAACAUGGGGAGUGGGGGAGAGUUCCAUGCUGUCCACUUCCACGGUCUCCCCUUCAGUAUCAACAAUGGUGAGGAGCAUAGGAAGGGAGUGUUCAACCUCUACCCUGGUGUGUUUGGGACUAUUGAGAUGAAGCCCCGCAUGUUGGGGACCUGGAUGGUGGAGUGCACCAUAGGAGAGCACCAGCUGUCUGGCAUGAGGGCCAGGCUACUCGUCUACAACUCCAGAUGUAUCCAACCAUUGGGAAUACAAUCAGGAAUGAUUUCCGAUGAACAAAUCACAGCUUCCGAUCAUUACGGUGACUGGGAACCCAGUUUGGCCAGGUUACAGCUUUCUGGCUCAGUCAAUGCCUGGUCUGGCUACAACAAAACAUCAUGGCUCCAGGUGGACCUGCAGAGGCCGAUGCUGAUCCACGGCAUCCAGACCCAGGGGGCCAGCACCAACAUGGGCCUCACAGAGACCUUCACCAUGUACUUCAGCAUCUCCUACAGCAGGGACAACGAGCACUGGACCGUCUAUCGAGGAAACAGCACCGAGCCUGCAAAGGUUUUCAAAGGCAACAUGGAUUCCUCCAGCGUCAAGGAAAAUCUACUGUCCCCUCCCAUCAUGGGCCAGUACAUCAGACUGAACCCCUUACAGUUCAAGGGUCGCCCCACGUUCCGUAUGGAGCUGCUAGGAUGCGACUUAAACAGCUGCUGGAUGCCCCUUGGCAUGAAGAAGAGGAUCAUCCCUAACGGCAGCAUCACGGCCUCCUCCUACUACACCAAGUGGAUGCUCUCCUGGCCCCCCGCUCUGGCCCGCCUGCAUCAGGAGGGCCGCGCCAACGCAUGGAGACCCAAGACUAGCAACCCUCAUGAGUGGAUCCAGGUGGACUUCCAGGAGCUGAAGAGGGUGACGGGCAUCAUCACCCAGGGUGCUCGCUCCAUGCUCCAGCAGAUGAUGGUCACAGAGUUUGUGGUGGCCACCAGCGACAACAACCACAGCUGGACCACGGUGACGGACCCCAGCACCCAGAGGGAGAAGAUCUUUGAAGGGAACAUGGAAUAUGACGAAGAGAAGCUCAACCUCUUUGAUCCUCCCCUGUUUGCCCGCUACAUCCGCAUCUAUCCCAGGGGCUGGUUUAACGCCGUCGCCCUGCGGAUGGAGUUUCUCGGGUGUGAAACGCAGCAGAGACUCUGAUCGCAAUCUGAGCGGGAAAGCCUUACACGUUAAAUGUGACAGUGUUAUUUCAACACUUCAGACUGUAGGAUCGACGAGAGGAGUGGUCUGUUAGACUCUCUAAGUGUUGAAUUAACACUGAAACAUGUACCGUGUGAGAGGAGGAUGGAAACCGUAUGGAAAAGUUCAUAUGAAAUGCUAGCUUGUGAAGGAUAUUUUUGUAACAACUCAUAACUCAAUAUUCAUGUUUGUUCUGUCAGCACUGUGUAUUCAGCAGCAGAGAUGAGUAAUCUGGCAAACGAGAGUAAAAGGUCAGACCGUAUAUAAUUUGUCCCAGACAUCCAGAAAAAGAGACAGUAUUCAUCUAAAGCAGGGAAUACAUAUUCGUCUACACCAGGUGGAUAUCUAAUUAUGGAAAUAGCCAUUAAAGUGGAACCGAUACAGAACUUGGUAAUUACUUUUACUUCAUGAAGCCAUGCACUGCCACAUCUCUCAAGCUGAUGCACAGGAAAGAAAAGUCACUACACUGAAGAAAUACAGUAUGUCACAUUAUAUAUAUAUAAUUAUAUUUAUUAUAUUAUUACAUUAUAAUAAUAUAAUAUAUAUAUUAUAUAUUUAUUCCAUUAUAUUUAUACAGCUUGUGUUUGGUUUGAAAUCUCUGUUGUUAUCUAUGUAAAUUAUGUUGUAUUUAUUUUGUAUCAAACGUGUUUGGUAUGCUGCUGCUGCAUAUGUGAAAUAUGAAAAUGUGAUGUAUCAAGUGUUUGCACUGUGAAGACAGAAGAAUGACAUUUUGUAUCGGGGAGCAUUUUAUAGGGUGGGGGAAAAUAAAAAUUAUAUUUUAAAUA